AUGGAUAGAUUUGGGAGUAUUGAUGAAUCAGAUAUCUGUGAUGAAGCAGAGGAAGGUUCAAUCUUUGUUUCUGUACCAGAAACAAAGAUUGAGAUCAAAAGACCGAUGGUCAAGUGAAUUAAUUGAGACAGAAUGCUCCAAACUUUUGCUAAUUCUCCUGUAUGUCAGAUUUGAAAAGAUAGAAAAAUUGGUGAAGUUAGUGAAGAAGAAAAGAUACAAAAUAUCAGAGUGGCAGAUAUAUGGGAUAGAAGGAAUGCUAUUCGAUUGGAUCUUUCUCAAAGCGACUCUAGUGAAGAUACGGAUAGAAGUGAUCUCUCUAGUGAUUUAAGCAGCGAUUGAGUUGAUUCUGAUAGCAUUCAGAUAUUGCAAAAUUUUAAUUUUGAAGCUCCUCGUGUUAGAACAAUUAGAAGAAGAUAUCACAACUCUGAUGCUAGAAGAGGAAUUAUUAGAAAUUCUUUUAGAAGAAGAGUAAUUUUGUUUAGAGAUAGCAGCAACUUUAGAAGUUUAAGUUCUUCAUUUGGCUCAUCCAUAAGUUCUCCAAGACCAGCUAAUCAAACUGCUCUGGAUGACUUAAAAUCUGUGCAAAUAACCGAUGAACACUUAACACUAAAUCCUAAAACUGGACAAAAAGAAUCUCCUUGCUGCUGUGUCUGCACAGAUGAAAUGCAAAUAGAAGCAACUAUCCUCCUCUGCAAGCACUUAUUCCACACUGAAUGAAUCAAAGAAUGGUUCAAAAGCCACAACACAUGUCCAAUCUGCCGAUCUAAUGUGAAUCGACUGACUUGUACACCAAUAUUAACUUCUGAUGCCUAA